AUUUUUUGUUAUGUAACCAAUCAAAAGCUUAAUUAAGAGCUUAAUUUAGUCGUAAAAGAAUGGAAGAAAAGAUGAAGAUAGGACCCGUAGGGAAGCAUGAUGCUAGAAGCAGCACAACUGUAAACUGGGACGAAGGAAAACACGAUGGCUUCAUCUCUCAGAUCUUUCUCUCUCAUAGCCUCGGAGGUAUUAUGUCUAUCCAAUUCCAGUUCGUUCUGGACGGGAAGCUUGUUUUAUCCGACCGUCACGGUCCAUUUAUCAGCAACAUGUUUGACGUUCAGAUAGAGCUCAACUACCCGCAUGAGUACAUAACUGGAAUCAGUGGAGAGUAUUACAAGUAUGAAGCUAGCAAUCCUCACAUAAGGUCUCUCAAAUUCACUACCAACACUAGUGAGUACGGUCCUUUUGGCACCUCCGGUUCCAGCUACGAAAAGUUCGCGUUUAAACUCGGGAAAUCUCCUCAGUUUGGCGGUUUCCAUGGGACUUACGAUGCCUCCGGACUACAGUACAUCGGUGUUUAUCUCCAGCCUAAAACAGUUCAACCCAAGAUCGAUACAGAGGAAACGGAGUCAAAAAUUGUUUUGGGUUGAAAAGUGUUUGUAUAUCAAAAUAGCGUUCUUCCGAUGAUACAUGCUUUAAUAUGCAAAUGCUUCUAUGAAUAAAAUUGAUACGUGUUACAUAUAA